GACAACAUUUCUACGAGCCGCUCAUGGAGAUUUAUCCAGCCACGUGGGAUAAAGCGUUUAAAUGUUGCGCGGAAUUAAAAAGUUAGUUUGUUGUUGUUGUUAAAAAUAAUUUUAAAUUUGUGAGGCCCCUGGAUAUUAGAAUUAAUCUGCAUUGAAGGUUAACACCAGGAAUACGGAAGAGAAUUUUUUUGUUGGUGGUUCUAUUUAUGCCAUUUUGCAUUUAGUGACUUUAUAAAGUUUCAAAAUCUUAUAGUCAGUUUUAAUUUUACUGCUUUUGCUUUUUAAAAGCAUUUAAAAGUAUUUUUCUCUGGUUAAUCUUUAAAAAAAAAAUGGUUAAUCUCCAAUUUUGUAAUGAAUCAGCAAAAGUACAUUCAACUAAGUUAAGUGCUGCAUCGUGUUCAGAUGAAGUUUCACAAGCGUCAAUCAAGAGCAAUGGUAGCUCUCAUCAUUCUUCGAAAGUUCCCGUAGUAAAUGGUGAUUGUAAGGUGUCACUUGAAGACACUCCAUUAGUUAAUGGAAGUUGUAGCAAGAUGCCUGCAAAUGGAUUUCCAACUAUGGUUGGAUAUUGUAAUAAAUUGACGGCUGUUAAAAAUGGUCCUAUAGUUAAUGGAAAGUGCUGUAAUGUGCCAAUAAAUGAUCUUGAAAUGGAUAACCGGAAUCAUGAUAAAAUUGCAGUUGAACUCCCAAUGGUGAACAGAAAUCAUCAUGAUAAAGCUGCACCUGAAGAAUUCCCGCUAGUGAAUGGAAAUCAUCAUGAUAAAGUUCCAGUUGAAGAAUUUCCGACAGUGAACGGAAAUCAUCAAGAUAAAGUUGCAGUUGAAGAAUUUCCGACAGUGAACGGAAAUCAUCAAGAUAAAGUUGCAGUUGAAGAAUUUCCGACAGUGAACGGAAAUCAUCGAGAUAAAGUUGCAGUUGUAGAAUUCCCCAUGGUGAAUGGAAAUCAUGGUAAAGCUGCAGUUGAAGAGUUUCCCACGGUUAACGGAAAUCAUGGUAAAGCUGCAGUUGAAGAGUUUCCCACGGUUAACGGAAAUCAUGGUAAAGCUGCAUUUGAAGAGUUCCCCACGAUGAACGAAAAUCGCGGUAAAGCUGCAGUUGAAGAACUAUCUGCGUGUGGACCAUAUAAUAAAGACAUAAAUGAUUCAAGUAUCCCAACAGAAAAUGGUACUGUUCAAAAUGAUUCUAAUGAAAACUCAAAUGGCUUCGUCACUGUUGUUAAUAAAAAGAAGCUUAAUAGAAAUAAGAAUCGGAAUAAGCCAAUUUCUAAUCUUCCACCUAUCAAAAAAACUGAGAAUAUCCGUCGUGAUAAUGGGAUUGAUAAAAACCAUAAUGUGAAAUCGUCUCCCUCACAUUUAGCACAGAAACCUCCAAGUAGAACUGUUUUUCCUGUUAGGAGCUCAGAAAAAUCUUAUUCAUCAGCAUUGGCCAGUGGACAGCCCGUGAUGUCUCAGAUGAAAAACGCCUCUUUGAUUUUUUUGGAUUCUCCAAACAAAGCCUUCUCGGAUGUAACAAAAGGUUCUAAAGUAAAUAAGUCUUCAAAUAAUAAUCAUGAUUUAUCAAAAGCUUGCAAAGCUAUUGCAAAACAAUUAUCUGCUGUUACCAAUGACACAUUAACUAUUUCAUAUCAACCAAAUUCAGCUACAAAAGUUGAAAAGACAGAUUUUUCAGGGCAAACAGACAUUUGUCCUGAAAAUGAACUAUCACGCAGCCAAACAAAGUGCCUCCCUUCCCAAGAAGACACGUUUGAAGAGUCAGUAAAAGCUAGUUCUCCAAUUUACUGCAUAGAUGUUGAUUAUGUUAAAGAAAUAACGGACGAGUCUAAUAUUGCAUAUUGUGAUAGUGUGGUGGAUCUUCAAGGUGCUGGUGGCCCAAGUGUAGUCUUAGAUAAUGUGGAUACUCAAGGUGCUGUUGGACCACUUGUAAUCUUAGAUAAUGUGGAGUGGUAUGGAGCGGUUGGUUCAGAUGUAUUCUUACCUAAUAUUUCUGAUGAUAGUGGGAGAGGAGAUAGUGUUUAUUGUGAUGGGACUUUUAGGUGUCAGUUUCCCAAAGUAAAAGUGCCACUCUUGAUUGGACGACACGGCAAUUAUAAGAAAGAAGUUGAAGGAAGGUCUGGUGCCAAAAUUAGAGUUAUUAACCUUUAUAAUAAAGAUGCAGAUUUUGCUAUAGUUGAAAUUAAAGGACAAUUGCCCCAAAUAGAGAAGGCAAAAGAGAUAAUUCAAGAACGCUUUCCUGAUGUACUUUUGCAAUAUUAUUUUGGUGUUGCUGGAUCCGAAUCGAUUUCCCCAUAUUAUAUUGCAACAUUACCAGAAGGUACUAAUUUUCCUGGAGUAGUGUCCAGCAUGUAUAGUCCUAGUCGAUUCUGGGUACAGCAAUAUGGCCAUCCUCUGUUCUAUCAUUUGGAAGAUUUGGAAAGAAGAAUGUCUAUGCAUUUCAAUGCUAUUCCUAAUGCUCCAAUAGUUGAAUAUCCAGUGCCAGGCCAGAUAGUUGCUGUAGCAGGUAGUACAAAUAGUAACAAUGAAGCAAAAUGGUUGCGGGGCAUGAUAACGAACAUUUUCCCAGAUGAGGGGAAUGUCGUGAUUAAUUAUUUGGAUCAUGGAGGUGAAUAUCUAAUACCAGUGACUGCGAUUCGACAAAUGAGGCAUGAAUUUUUCACCAUGCCAUUUUUUGCUGCAGAAUGCAGUUUAUAUGGUGUCCAACCUGUAGGUGAGGAUUGGUCACCAGAAGCAUUUCAAGAAUUUGCAAGAUUAUGUUAUGUCAGUCGUCAUCCUACAUUGAAAGUUGUUGAGAAAACGCCCUACUGUUACUUAGUUUCCAUGGAAACAUAUGAUUGUUCAAUAAGUACCAUAGUGGAUUUUGCUACUGUUUUGAUAGAAAAAGGCUUUGCUGUCCCUUAUACAGACUGCAGAAUGUAUCAGCUCCCAGAUGCUCUUGAACAGUGAUUCAGCAUGUAUUUAUUCAUUACAAACAUAAUGAACUAUACCAUUUGGUAACAUUUUUGUAAAUGAACAUCUUUUAAAGAAGUUUUUUUUUUUUUUGUAAUGUAUUUUUUUUUUUUUAAAUUGACAAUUUGCAUUGUAUUUAAUUCAGAGCAAUUGAAUUGUAUUCAAAGUACUAAAAAAUGUUUUUUUUUUUUUUUCAUUUUUUUUUUCCACAGAACAUUUUAUCAAUUGCAAUCUUAAUUUCAUGACAAACAAGAAAGUUUGCUUUUUCUUUUCUUUUUUUCCUUUUCUUUCUUUUCUUUUUUUUUUUUUUAAGUUUAUUGCAAAAUAAAAUGUUUGCAACAUAGUUUGUGGAUGAAAACGCCCUUUUUUUUUUUUUUUUUUUUUCCCCUUCUUUUCUUUUUGUAUGAUAAUGUAAAAAAAAAAAAAAGUAUCUGGAGUGCUUGCAUGUUUUCUAAAUUGUUUAAAAAAUAUUUUAUAACAUACUUAGAUGUUUAAACUAACAUGCUCUUGCUGAUUAUAUCCAGUACAAAAAUCUGAAUGAAUAGAUUUUUCUUUUGUAAAUAUGUUGUAUUUUAUACUUUUUCUAUUAUGUAGAAUGUUUUCUAAAUCCAUUAUGAUUGUGUAUUUAAUUUCACUUAUUUAGACAUUCUUUUGAGAGUAAUCAAAAUAUUUUGUUUUAUUUAUGUAACAGAAAACUUCUAACUGAAGGAUUACUUUUGAAAUUUUAAUUUGAUUUAUGGUAUUAAAAUCUUAUUUUAAAAGGUAGGAAAAGUUCCCACCUUCAAAUUUCUCUGUGUUAUUGACUUCAUAUCAUGAAAAUCAUUAGUAUUUUCCUUUGUGUGAUGGAUAUUUUUGAAUGUUUUCCUAUUAAUUUUACAAUCAUUUGGGUUUUAAACAAUUUUUAAAUUUGUUUGCUGAAAAGAAUUAUUUAGCAUUUCAUCAAAGUUGAUGUGUUAGAUGUAUCAUUACGAAUCAUAAUCAAUUGUCUUGUCUUGUUCGUGUUACAAUCAUUUAGGAUGGGUAUGAUUUGUAUAACUGCAUGAUUUGUGUGAAUUUUGUUGAAGGGCUAAUUUUUUUAAAAGUUACUACCUGAAUAUAUUUGAUAUGUUAAUGUAAUGGUUUUUUAAAUUUGUAUUUCAAUAAAGAUUUUGUAAUGUA